AUGAAUAUGACUCUUUACAAAGUCAGAGUACAAAUUUUAAACAGUUUGUUUUAGAGUAUUAUAUAACUUACACAAACACAUGUAACUAUAUUAGUGCAUUUUAAGAAUUCCUGGAAUAUUGGUUGA